CACCGGAUGACCCAAAUUUACUUGUCGGCGAUGAAGAAAAAGAUGAUCAACUAUUUCACGAGUCACCGGUAAUCAAAAACCUAGAAGUUAUGACCUCAUCUCCAUUAUCGCGUUUGCCCAUCGAGGAUUUACCGAGUAGUUUAGCGAAUAUAAGUUUAUCCCAUUGUGAAAACAAAUCAACCUCCUUGCAUGAGGCCGCACAAUCCGGCAAUGCUCAAUGGACUCUUGAGCUUCUGGAACAAGGUUGUAGUCCUUGCUUAAAAGAUGAAAGAGGCCGAACUCCUUACAUGUUGGCGACAGAGAAGGAAGUCAGAAACACUUUUAGAAGAUUUAUGGCUGCGAACCUUGAUAGAUGGGAUUGGCAGGCUGCUUAUGUGCCCAGUCCAUUGACGAAAGAAAUGGAGGAAUCUCAAGCAGCCAAGCAGGCGGAGAAGGAUGCCAAGAGGAAAGCUAAAGCAAAAGAAAUGAAGAAGUUGAGAAAGGCUAAAGAAAAAGCCAAGAUGCAGGAACAGGCGGCUUCUGCUUCCGAAGAACCACCUAAAGAUCAACCGCUUCCUCAUGUUAGACAACAAAUCUCAGAGGAGCCCACCGCGCGGGUGGCGCCUUCAAGACAACAACCAAAACCAAAUAUUGAGGCAAUCUCAAAGGAGGAGGAAGAAAAACUAUCCCUUGCAGCAGAGAGAGAGAAGAGAGCUGCUGCAGCAGAAAGGAGAAUAGCAGCCAUGAAGAAUGAGGGAACCACAGCAGUUAGCAGUUCAGAAACCAAUGCUUCAGCUAAGGAUCACUUCUGCUCAUUCUGCAAUGCUUCCUUGGCGGGGAAGAUACCAUUCCACAGCAACUGCCCCGGCACUACCCCUUGAGGACCGGUGGCCAACAGCGACGACGAACACACGGCGGCGGCGCCGGCGGCGG